GUCUCUUUUUCUCUAGAAGACUAGAAUCAAAGAUGAAGCCUCUGAUUCGACGUCUCUCACGAAUCGCUGACUCAUCCUCCUGCAACCGAAAUCGUAGCGGAGAUAUCCAUCACCCGACGGCGGCGUCAUCGUCCAUUUUCUUGGUCAAGAGAGCAACCGUCUCGUCGACUGUUCCCUCCGGCCACGUCCCCGUCAACGUCGGCGAAGAGAUGGAGAGGUUCGUGGUGAGUGCAGAGCUGCUGAAUCACCCUGUUUUCGUUGGAUUGCUGAAUCGAUCAGCUCAAGAAUACGGAUACGCUCAGAAAGGAGUUCUUCAUAUUCCUUGUAACGUAUUCGUGUUCGAGCAAGUUGUGGAGUCUCUCCGUUCUGGAAUCGCUGAUACAUCAGAGCUCAUUGCGUCGUUAUCUGGUGAAGAUGUAUCUACAGAGUAGAACAUGCAUGAUUCUGUUUUUUUCUUUUUCUUUUUUUCAAGUUUCGUGGAUAAACAGCAAUUGUUCUU